AGUGGCUCGCAGAUUGAUAUUGCUAAUGUAGACCCAAAAGUGCCGUGGCCAGGCAAGGCCCUUUACCAGUUUGAAGUGCCAAACGAGGGACGCUUUAUAAUGAUGCAGUGGGCCAACAUGGCAGUUGCAGAGCGAGACUAUGCAACCACUGGCAAGAUGCCGGAAUUUCGGGAGAACGUUAAGCUGAAGAAGAAGCAAUUCGUGAAACAUCAUAUGGAUGUGGUAAAGAAAGUCAACAAAAAAAUCAUGAGGAAACGGCAUAGCGACAAGGUUUUCGUAUGCCCGUACUGCCGAGAAAUGACCGGCCGGAAGGACAACGUGCGCGUCCAUAUGCAUGGAAGUGAAAAACGCCGUCAGCGUCCGUGUGGUUCACGGCCGAAGAAUGCAUCUAAAAUAGAUGCGCCACUAUUGCUUCUAGACUAUGCGCCGCCGACUGUGGAUGAAUUUGUCGAGGAAGUGAGUGAAGAAGACAUUCUGUGCACCGAAGAAAUUGGAGAGAAUGGGGAUCUGAUUGAGGGUAAUGUCGAGCAAGAGCAAGAGCAAGAGCAAGAGCAAGAGCAAGAGCAAGAAGGUGCAGAAGGGCAGGAGGAUGAUGACGAUAUGGAAUCGGAGGAUGCAGAGUAACAAGGGACUUGUGGAUGGAUGAUGGCGUGUUGGAGGCGAAUGUGUUCAGGCAGUAGUAUUGUUCUGUAGUAUUAUUUUUUAUGAUCUUUUGUUGUUGAUUUGGUACUCUGUAGCAUGUAAAUUUGGCCUUUUCCAGCGAUGCUAUCUCAUUAGGAUGUGCUAUUUCCUGCCAGUAUGCAUUAUUAAAACUGCCAGUAUGUUUCUAGACUGAA